CUCCUCCUCCCGCUCGUCUUCCUCGUCGUCGUCUGGGGGAGGCGGCGGCGGCGGCAGCGGCGAGAUGCACCCGAGCGCGCCGAGCUACCCCACAGCCUCGCUGUACGUGGGGGACCUGCACCUGGAGGUGAGCGAGGCGAUGCUGUACGAGAAGUUCAGCCCGGCCGGGCCCAUCCUCUCCAUCCGCGUCUGCAGGGACAUGAUCACCCGGCGCUCCCUGGGCUACGCCUACGUCAACUUCCAGCAGCCGGCCGACGCCGAGCGGGCCCUGGAGACCAUGAACUUCGACGUGAUCAAGGGCAAGCCGGUGCGCAUCAUGUGGUCCCAGCGGGACCCCUCCCUGCGCAAGAGCGGCGUGGGCAACAUCUUCAUCAAGAACCUGGACAGGUCCAUCGACAACAAGGCCCUGUUCGACACCUUCUCGGCCUUCGGCAACAUCCUCUCGUGCAAGGUGGUGUGCGACGAGCACGGCUCCAAGGGCUACGGCUUCGUGCACUUCGAGACCCGCGACGCGGCCGAGAGGGCCAUCGACAAGAUGAACGGGAUGCUGCUCAACGACCGCAAGGUCUUCGUGGGCCGCUUCAAGUCCCGCAAGGAGCGGGAGGCCGAGCUGGGGGCCCGGGCCAAGGAGUUCACCAACGUGUACAUCAAGAACUUCGGCGAGGACAUGGACGACCUGCGGCUCAAGCGGCUCUUCGGCAAGUUCGGGCCGGCCCUGAGCGUCAAGGUCAUGACGGACGAGAGCGGCACGUCCAGGGGCUUCGGCUUCGUCAACUUCGAGCGGCACGAGGACGCGCAGAAGGCCGUGGAGGAGAUGAACGGCAAGGAGCUGAACGGCAAGAAGAUCUACGUGGGCCGCGCGCAGAAGAAGGGCGAGCGGCAGACGGAGCUCAAGCGCAAGUUCGAGCAGCUCAAGCAGGACCGCCUCACCCGCUACCAGGGCGUCAACCUGUACGUCAAGAACCUCGACGACGGCAUCGACGACGAGCGCCUGCGCAAAGAGUUCGCCCCCUUCGGCAUCAUCACCAGCGCCAAGGUGAUGAUGGAGGGCGGCCGCAGCAAGGGCUUCGGCUUCGUCUGCUUCUCCUCGCCCGAGGAGGCCACCAAAGCCGUCACCGAGAUGAACGGCCGCAUCGUGGCCACCAAGCCCUUGUACAUCGCGCUGGCGCAGCGCAAGGAGGAGCGCCAGGCCCACCUCACCAACCAGUACAUGCAGAGGAUGGCCAGCGUCCGGGCCGUGCCCAACCCCGUCCUCAACCCCUACCAGCCGCCCUCGGGCUACUUCAUGACGGCCAUCCCGCAGACUCAGAACCGGCCCGCCUACUACCCGGCCGGCCAGAUGGCUCCGCUCCGGCCCGGCCCUCGCUGGACGGCCCAGGGCGCCAGGCCGCACCCCUUCCCGAGCCUGCCCGGGGCUCUCCGGCCGGCCGCGGCUCGGCCGCCCUUCGGCGGCUCCAUGAGGCCCGCGUCCUCGCAGCUGCC